AUGGCGAACGAAGCACUUUGUGCGUACAGAGCGGUGCUGAGAGCCACCCGGAAAGCGUUUGCCGGAGACACUCUCAUGCUCCGAGAGUCCGCCGCCGAGGUCAGGAAGAAAUUCGAGGAGAACCGUCACGUGACUUCCUCCGCCGACCUACAGCGACUGCUCGAAGAGGCGCGUGAGGCCUCCCAAUUCAUCUCCACCAUGAUCGUUCAGGCCAAGCUCAAUGAACGUGGUGGUUAUGAAGUGAAGCCGAGUAAAGAGCACGCGGGAGCUACACUUGAAAUUCCUUCCGAAGAGAUUCUUAAGAAGGCAAUGUGA